GAGUUGAAGCAGGUCGCUUCUAAGUACUGGGCCUUCGCCCUUUCCUAUAAAAAGGCGAUACGUCUCUCCAAGUGAGUCAUCUCAGCCAACUGGAGUUUAUUCUUCUCUCUGCUUUUAGCAAGUAUAAAACCCUUUGCUGUAAAUCCAAAAAAUUCCGAUGGCGAUGAGAAGUGUAGCUUCUACAGCAGCUCGUGCUAUUGCUUCACCUUCAUCCUUAGUUUUUACCAGAGAACUUCAGGCUUCCCCUGGCCCCAAAAAGAUUGUGGGUGUUUUCUACAAAGCAAAUGAAUAUGCUGAAAUGAACCCCAACUUUUUGGGCUGUGCAGAAAAUGCCUUGGGGAUACGUGAAUGGUUAGAAUCUAAAGGUCAUCAGUACAUAGUCACUCCUGACAAAGAAGGACCAGAUUGUGAGCUUGAGAAACACAUUCCUGAUCUCCAUGUGUUGAUUUCGACCCCUUUUCAUCCUGCCUAUGUCACGGCUGAAAGGAUCAAGAAGGCAAAAAAUCUACAACUACUGCUGACAGCUGGAAUUGGAUCAGAUCAUGUUGAUCUGACAGCUGCUGCUGCUGCUGGAUUGACAGUAGCAGAAGUCACUGGAAGCAAUACUGUCUCAGUUGCGGAAGAUGAACUGAUGCGAAUCUUAAUUCUUGUCCGAAAUUUCUUGCCUGGACAUCAUCAGGUUAUCAAUGGGGAGUGGAAUGUUGCUGCAAUUGCGCACAGAGCUUAUGAUUUGGAAGGCAAGACUGUUGGAACUGUUGGUGCAGGACGUAUUGGCAGACUUUUACUCCAACGAUUGAAGCCAUUUAACUGUAAUCUACUUUACCAUGACCGUCUUAAGAUGGAUUCUGAGCUAGAGAAUCAAAUUGGAGCAAAGUUCGAGGAAGAUCUCGAUAAAAUGCUCUCGAAAUGUGACAUAGUGGUCAUCAAUACGCCUCUUACAGAGAAAACAAAAGGAAUGUUUGACAAGGAAAGAAUUGCAAAGUUGAAGAAGGGAGUUCUAAUUGUAAACAAUGCUCGAGGAGCAAUUAUGGACACUCAAGCAGUUGUUGAUGCUUGUAACAGCGGUCAUAUUGCAGGAUACAGUGGAGAUGUUUGGUACCCACAACCAGCUCCCAAGGACCAUCCAUGGCGCUACAUGCCAAACCAAGCUAUGACUCCUCACAUUUCUGGGACUACCAUUGAUGCACAGUUGAGGUAUGCAGCUGGAACAAAGGAUAUGUUGGACAGGUACUUCAAGGGUGAGGAUUUCCCUGCUGAAAAUUACAUUGUCAAGGAUGGGGAAUUGGCACCUCAGUAUCGCUAAAUUAUUAAUGUACCUUAGAGUUGUGUCUAGAUUUCUGUGUCAAAUAAACUGGCAAGCUGUGUCUUCAAUAAGCUGAUAAAAUUGGCUCCUUAUGUUCUUUUAGAACUGUAAUGCAGUUUUUCUCCGGUUGGCUGUAUCGUAACGUUUGUGAUGGAAACAUGUCCUCUUCUGUGAUGGAGGUCAAUGUAUGAUCCCUCCAGUGUCUUUCUUGAGUCUAUAACUGAACUUCCUUGCUAUGGUAGUUGUACUGGUGUUGUCCUGGACAUUUUAUGAUUAAAAAAAAGAUUAUCUUCUUCUUUGCUA